AUGGCUGGGCGUUUCCGCGGCGCGGUGGGGAAGUUGUCGCGGCCGCAAAAGACGCGGGCGGCGCGGAAGGCGAAGGGGAAGCAGACGGUGGCGUUAGUGAGGCGGGUCCCCAAACUCUCCUCGGAGGGCCUGCAGCAGCGCAUCGCGGAGCUGACGGGCGCCGCCGCACACGACGCGGGGGAGGCGGCGGCUGGCAAAAAGCCGCAGGUUAAAAUUUCCGCGCGCCCCGCGGCGGCGGCGGCGGCGGCGCAAAAGCCGGUUGGCAAGGCCGCCAUAGAGAUCGUCGGGGCGCGGACGGAGAGGCUGGUGCCAAAGACCGAAGUCGCCGCCGAGCGCACACCCGCGGAGGCGAUGGGGCUCAAACUGCUGCACCGCGCCGUCAAGGACCAGAGCCACAACCGCCUGCUGCCCCACCAGAACCGCCACGACUACGAGUACCGUCUGCGCAACGUCGCCACAGCGGGUGUGGUGCGCCUCUUUAACUCUCUCGCGCAGGCGCGCAAGGCAGGUGUGGUGGUUGAAACGGAGGAGAAGCACAUGACAGCAGACAAGGUCCAAGAGAAGAAGCAAGUAGCCACAAAAGAGGCCUUCCUCGCCGCCCUUCGCCAGCCGCGAAAAAUGGAGCGGUAUUAG